AUUAAAACGGCCCUCGAAGCGUCAUUUAUACCACGGGCCGUCAUAGCAGCACGUCCGUUCCUCAGCUCCCGGCUAGCUGAAGGCCUGAAAUGGCGCACUGAGAACAAAGAUAAUAGAAAAGAUGAAGAAUAUCUGUCAGAGAGAAAGAAGACUUUUUCUGGAAUACCCAUUCAAGAAAACCAGCCAUCAAUCAGCAGUAGAAGAGCUUGGAGAACAACUUGCAAUAAUACUCCAAACAAAAUACAGCUCUCAACCUCUUCAAAACCAGAAUGUGGGAUGGGAAGGGAAACUGAAAUCUGUGAGGAAAAUAAAGAGAAUGCUAAUAAGCUCUUAUGGGACCAAUCAAGUGAAAUCUCUGGAAAAAUUAGUUUAAACUCUUCCACAAUCUCUCUGACGAAUUCCUUAUCAGGCACAAACUGUAAACCUGGAGAUUACGCUUCCAAGGAUGAAGUCAUUGAAAAAAAAUCUCAGCAUAUGUCACUUAACUAGACCUUCUUGCAAUUAGAAAGCAUAAAAGAAACGAUUGCAGAAAAGCAAAGUUCAAAUGCCAGCUUACCAAAGAAAGCAGUGCUUGGUAUAUAUCAUGGUAAAAUUGUCCAAUCCAAGAUAAACUCCUUCUGAAAAGCACCAAAAAAUGAGGGGGAAAAGAGUUGUUUGCCAGACAAGAAGCUGAUUCCUUAUGCCACCACCAAAACAGCAAGCAAACCAUCUGACAAAGCUUCUACUGGCUUGCAGUCUGAUCUGAAGAAAUGUCAACCAACAUGUGCUGUAGCAAUUAAAAAAGGAACAGUCCAAAAAAUGAUGAUUGAAAAGCAGACAUCAAAGGCUGCUGCUAACAAGUCUGAUCACAGACUACUAGAAGUGAAGAAACGUGCAGAUUGUUCUGAAGAUGAAAGACCAGAAGCUCCAGCAAAACCCAUUUAUGUUGCUGAUAAAAAGUCAGGACAGAAUUCUAAAACUAACAGCAACAGAAAACCUGCUCUGCCAAAAGAGGCAACAAAAGACACAAGAGCUUGUCUGGAUGGAUGGAGGACAUCCAAAUGAAAAGUGAUGAGGAGACCUCCUAUAUCUGUGCUUCUGGGACCUCAGUCUAAAAGCAAAAAAAAGGAAUUAUCUUCUGGUAAUUCUUCAGAAGAUGUAUUACACAGUGAAAAGGUCAAAAAGACUCUUGCAGUAUGUCUGCAGUUAGCUGAACAUGGAUGUCAGAGUGAUGAAGUAUGUGCCAUGUUGGAAGAACUGACUCAAAACAUUUCUGGGACCAAAAAGCUUGCAAAAUAUUGGAUAUGCUGUAUGCAUCUUGAACAGACAGGUCCUCUUGAAAACCUUAUUACUGUAUAUGAGGAGGCCAUUUUGGCAGGAGCAACACCUAAAGAUGAACUGCAACACGCACUAAUGGAAACUUGAAAAAAAUCUCUGAAAAAUACUGAAAGCCUUUUAAAGUCUGAGGACGAGGGGACUGCCAUAAAAGCUCAUUUAAGUGAAGUAGUGAAAGUCACCAAAGAACUAAAUUCAUUUGUAGAGCAGGUUCAGGAAGCCUUUGAGGAUCUCUGCAAUGAUGAUGAUGACCAAAAAGAGAGUGAUGACAAGAAGGCAGAAAGUGGCAAUGAAUUGAUGAAGAAAGAAAAACUCAAUUUAGACUUGAUACCAAGUGAAAAUAUUUUGCCAAAAAAGAAUAAAAGGCAUAAAACUAAAGAACAUAAGAAAAAGAGUAUGAAGCAGAGAAAGGAUAAGGUAAAAGAUGUAGCUCAAGCAGUUAAUUCUCCUAAGAACAACGCAUCUUGUUUAAUGAGAUACAGUCCCUCUGCCACACCAUACUUAGGAAGGUAAGAUUACUACAAACUUUGUUACCUGAAGUUAUGUUUGUGUCCUGUUGAAAGAGGGAGAAACUGCAUUUGUGAACACCUAGUUAAAAUCUGUCAAUAACUUUAGGAAUUCUAAAAAAACUUGUGAAUGAAGAGGAAGGACAUAUUUUUAAAUUAAUUCCUCUAGUUACUCAAACCUCUUUUUUAAUUUCCUGCUUCAGAUUAAUCAUUCUCUUUGUGGCACAGAUGUAAAUGUCAGGUUUAGGAUCCCUGCCCAAAAUCCACAUGGCAGCAGUAGUUCUACACUGAGGCUAGGUAAAGAGGAAGCAGAUCUCUCCAGUCCUUCCUUUUUCAGAUGUAGAUGUGGUUGUAUGUCAUAAAAUAUAAGUGAACAAGGUGUUAACUGCACUGCAAAGAUGAUCUUACCUGUAUCUUCAGGAAAAAAUCUGGGGAGUAAUCUCAGGACAAAACAGAUAAUGUUUUAAAAUUCUUUUGCCACAAAUUCUUUUUGUUUCUCAGGGGCAUGGGCAUGCUCUGUAUGUACUUUGCAUUAAGUUACACCUGGUAGCUGCGGCUCUCUAAUGUUGCAAGGAUGCCAAAGGCUGCCCUGAGCCUUUCAAGCCCUGCCAGGGCUUCUGCUAGUGCCUCAGGAAGGGCCAUGGGCCAGGCCCCACACCCCACGCCAGCUUGUCUGGCCAGGCCGCACUGCCAGUCUCCCCAGCCUGGGCUAUGGGCGGAGGGUCGUAAAGGGGGAUGGAGCUGUCUAAGGCCAAGCGGGAGAUGGCCCUGCCCACCCUCGGAGGCAGCAUCCAGUGCCGCUGUGUGUUGUGGAGGGGUAUUCUGCCACCUAUGCUGAUUGUGGCAGAGGGGAGAAAUUAAUUGGUGUGAGAUAGUGUUUUAUAAAAAUAUAUAUUUAUUACCUUAAAUAUUCUGAACUCUUGCUACCCCCAAUCACUGUAAUUUAAUAUUAAAAGGAUCUUACAUGGUUAUGAAAGACAUUCUAGGAUUAAUAUCCAACCGUAACUUAUUAAUAGCUAACAAACAGUUCAAACUAUAAACAGAGAGGUGUUUUCCCUGCGGCAAAUACCGCUUGGGGUCAAUUUGCUAUUUGCCCAGAAGGUGGGCUGAAAGCUCUUUCUGCUGUAUGGCAGGAGGCAACAGAAAUUACAGAGACAUUAAAGCAUUCACUUACAAAUUCUGAUUAAUUAUCAAUCACCCUCCGGGGCUACGUCACAGCCUAUACUAGUGUCCAAAUUUCAAGGCAGUCUGCCUGUGGACUUUGAGGCUGGAAUCCUCCCGGCUUCAGGGAAAGGAGAAUCUCCCCGGCUUCUAGGGUAAUGACGGUCUCUGACCUUGUUCUCCUGGCGAAGGAUGGAAUCUCUGCCCUUGUCUCCUGGCUUCUUCUGGAUGCUCUGCUC